CCGGGCGCGGGAUGUGGGCUCCGGGCGGCCCGCCGGGGCCCCCGGGCUGGGACCGCCGCAGGGUGGGCGCCAGGCUGCGCGCGGCGCUGGCGGGGCUGCACGAGCUGCAGGGGCUGCGCGCCCGGCAGCAGGCGCGCGUGUGGGGCGCCCUGGCCGCGCCGCCCCCGCCCGCGCCCGCCGCGCGCCCCCGGAGCGGCCCCCGCGCCCAGGAGCGGCGGCUGGAGGCGGCGCUGGCGGCGCUGCAGGAGCAGCUGAACCAUUUGAGAUGCCAGGACGUCGGCCUGAAAAGCCACCUGGACCAGCUGGACCAGCAGAUCAGCAAGCUGCAGCUGGACAUGCACAGGACCUCCAGCGAGGCCCCGGACAGCGACAGCAGGCCCAGCUCAGGCUUCUACGAGCUGAGUGACGGCAGCUCCUGCUCCCUGUCCGCCUCCUGCACGUCCGUGCGCGGUGCCUGCGUGUCCUCCUCUCUGGGCCCUGUGCUGCCCGGCGCGGGGGACUGCCGGCCCCGGUCGGCCGACGAGACCGCCGUGUGCGGGGUCCCCCUGCCUGCGUGGGGCCCCCAGGCCAGCGAGGAGGGUGCAGGCCGGCGGCUGCAGGGCGAGUCCCGGCCCAGACCGGUGUCCACAGGUGACCUUGAAAGAGUCCUGCCGGCUGAGGUGGGACUCCGGAAAGCCGGGGCCCGCCCCGAGGCCACGUCCUUCCUCUGCCACGGCAUGGACCCCAAGUACCAGUGCGACCUGGUGUCCGAGGGGGGCAAGGAGGUGUACGCGUACCCCAGCCCCCUGCACGCUGUGGCUUUGCAGAGCCCCCUCUUUGCUCUGACCAAGCAGGCGCCGCGGAGCGACGGCCUCUCACCUCCGCGUCAGCCCCUCCCCGGCCCCGCAGGUCCGCGCGCCCCCCGGCCUGGACGGGUCCUGGAGGCCGGCCCCGCCAGAGCCUACAUAGAGAGGCUGCUGCGACUGCGGGGCCGAGGGCCACCCCCAGGGGCCGGUGUGUGUGCACAGGGAGCCCUGGGACGGGAGGCGUCCGCAUCCCCGCAGGAGCUCGGUGGCCGGAGCGAGGACAGGGGAGGCGGCCUGGAGAAGCCGGUCUGCGCCCCAGGGAGGCCAGAAGGGGGAGGGGUGGCCCAGAGCGGGGCCGCCCGUGGGGACAGCCUCGAAGAGCCCGGGCCCGCGCCCCCCGUGGGCACCCUGCACCCCCGCCACCGUCCGGAGGAGGGAUGCAGACCCGUGCACAGCGGCGUCCACGGGGAGCCCCUUCCAGGCUCCCCUCGGCUGGGGUGUGGCCGGGCCCCCUCUCUCCGCUCCCCGGCUCAGCAGCCGGCUCUGGACGGCUGGAUGGGCGAAGGCAGGUGGCCUGGUGGGCGCCCCGCUCCGGCCCCCAGACUCUGUGUCCACCCCCACCUUGCUGGCAGCGGAGCGUCCCCCCUGGGGCCCCCCAAGACCAAGCCUGUGAAGAUCAAGAGCGGGGCGAGUGACAAGGCGCCGAGGUUUGGGCGGCCGCAGCUGCCGUGGGGCGUCCUCGCGGCCGCCCGGCUGGCCCCUGACUCGGGAGGUGGUCUCAGGAGGCUCGCCCUGGCCAGGGAGGCACCCGGCCGGUCCUGCUCCGAGUCCAGCCUCUGCCCCGUGUCCUUCUUCGUCCCCCUGCUGGUGGCCCGACGGGAGGGUCACCGGGCAUCGGCCCAGGCCUUGUUCCCCGUGGAGGCGGCCCCACGGGCGGCGGGCGGGGAGGCCCGGAGGAGGCAGCGCAGGUGGCAGUCCUCCGUGGAGAUCUCAGCCCGUGCCCGCCCGGACCCCAGCCUGGGGUCGCACCGGCCAGCGGCCCGCAGAGGGGGUGGCCCGCGGCCCGUGUGCGCCAGGCCGAGGCCCAGGCUGCCCCGCCAGGACGCCCGGGCCAGGAGCGAGUCGGACGGCUCGGAGCACUCGGCCGAGUGCGCGUCCCUCUUUCACUCCACGGUCGCGGAGAGCAGCGGGGACGAGGCCAGCGACCACACCGCCAACCGCUUCGGGGACGGGGAGUCCAGCAGCAGCGACUCGGAGGGCGGUGGCCAGGGCGGCGGGGGCUCCGGCCCGCGGGCCCCGGCUGGCUCCAGGCCCCCUCUGCCGCCGGUGCCCAGGCUCUGCCGCAUCAAGGCCUCCAGGGCCCUGAAGAAGAAGAUCCGCAGGUUCCAGCCGGCCACCCUGAAGGUCAUGACCAUGGUGUGAGGCUGCCGGGCGGCAGCUGGGCCCGUGCAGGCCCAGGCGCCACGGACACAAAGGGGCCUUUCGUGGCCAAGGGUGGGUCCAGGCUUGCACACUGUUAGAUGUGCAGGUCUGUGUCCUCUGGACACCUGGCUUUGUCCCCGAAGCCACCCUUUGAAAGGGGUCCCCUCAGAGGAGAUGAUGGGCCCAUCGCUGGGUUAUGCUGUGACUCUGGGGGGGCCGCCCCACCCCGGCCCUGGUGGAGACCUUCACCCAGAACUCUGGGAGUGCAGAUUAGACAGGCCCCGGCCCUCGGGUCCUGUGCCGUGAGCCCCGUGGUCACGUCCCUCCGUCCUGUCCCCCUUGAGCUGGGCAGUCGCUGUACCCGAGCCUGUUGAACCCUUUCUCCCCAAAAGCAUCCCCUUUAAGAAGUGGCUGCAGGACUGUGCUCUGGAGACUGGGUUGGAAUAUGAAUCACAGGCCAGACCCUGGAGGUGAAUGAACACACAAUAAGCCACUGUCCGCAAGCGAGUCUUUCCCUUUCAGCCCCCCUCCCCUCGGGAACGUAGCAGGUGCUCAGCAAGCCCUGGUCCUUCGACGCCUGCGGACACUCUCACCCAAGGUGGAAACGUGCGUGUCACGUGCAUAGCCUCCGUGCCCUUCCCAACACACGUAAACUGAGCAUAAAAGUGUUCUUGAAAAGAAA